AUGACUCGCUCUUCUUCAAAAGAGUUGACCUAUUACGAUCCAGAAAUUGAAAGAUCUAUUCGUUUGCGCUGGAAGGAACAAACAUCCACUUCUCAGAGCGUAACUCGUGACGAAAUGGAGCAUCAAGAAGGAGUUGAAAAUCACCCACCAGGAAUUCCACCACCACUUGCUCCAGAAGAUCAUGUGAGGAACCCUCCAGUUGUAGCGAACAACUUCGAAACCAGGACCGGAUUAAUUCAAAAAAUUCAGCAAUCAUGUACAUUCACCGGUGAUCUUAGUGAAGAUCCACAUAGUCAUCUGAUUGAUUUCUUAGAAUUAGUUGAAACUGCUAAAUAUAAUGGAGUAUCCCCUGAGACUGACACUGAGUCAGUUUAUUAUGCUUGGGAGAUAUUAAAAGCAAUGCUAAGAAAAUGUCCACAUCAUGACAUUGCUGAACGUAUGCAGUUGUAUAUUUUUUAUCAUGGGUUAAAACCUUCUUCUCGAAAAGUAAUAGAUGCAGCUGCAGGAGGUUCCAUUAUGGGAAAAAGCACAGAAGAAGCUUUGCAAAUGAUGAAUGAAAUUUCUGAAAAUUCCAUUCAAUGGCCAUCUGAUCGUUUAAUCAAUAAGAAAGCUGCUACUGUAAUUCAAGCCGAUGCUUUAAAUACACUAACUCAACAAAUUGCUUCUUUGGCACAAAAGUUUGAAUUUUCUCAGGAGAAUACACAAAAGCCAAGCCAAGCUGAGGCCUGUGACAUAUGUGGAGGAAACCGUCUAAACCAUGAAUGUCAAGCAAGCAACCAAAAUGAUGAGCAGGUUAAUGCCGUCGGAUACAAGCCAUACUCUUUUGGUAGUCCAUUGGCACAAAAACAUCCAGGCUUUCAAUGGAGCAAUCCAAAUGGUGCUGAAAACUCCCAAAGAUUUCAAAAGCAACAGGUACAGGGUCCACCUGGAUACCAGAAUCAAAAUCGCGGGCCAUCAAAUUUCAGAUCAUAUCAACAACUAACUCCAUAUCAGCAGAGGCCACAACAAGCACAUAUGAAUCUUGAUGACCUAUUGUACAAGUACAUCAAAUCCACUGACGAAAAAAUGGAGAGUCAAAAUUCAGCUCUAAAAAAUCUGGAAAUUCAGUUAAGCCAGUUGGCAACUCUUGUGUCCGAAAAGAUUCAAUGUCCCUUACCAAGCAAUACACAGAAAAAUCCAAAAGAGAACCUUAAAGCCAUCUCUUUACAGUCAGGUAAGAACCUUGAUGAACCUUUCAAGGACACCCAAGAAAGGAAUCAAUCUUCACAACAUGUAGACAAAGGUAAGAAUGUUGAAUCACCUUCUGAACAAUCAGAAGAAAAAGAAAAGAAAAUGGAAGAGGAAAAUAUUCUCCCUGUGAAAAUUCCUUUUCCACAAAAAAUGAAGAGAGAAAAGCUUGAUAGUCAAUUUUCCAAGUUUUUGGAUAUUUUAAAACAAAUUCACAUAAAUAUUCCUUUUACUUAUGCUUUAUUACAAAUGCCUUCAUAUGCCAAGUUUCUAAAAGAAAUUUUGUCAAGCAAAAGAAAACUGGACGAAGCUUUUGUGGUAGUACUUACUAAAAAUUGUAGUUCUAUACUUCAAAACAAACUACCACAAAAGCUCGGGGAUCCAGGUAGUUUUACAAUUCCAUGCACUUUGGGAGGAGUAUAUUUUGAAAAAGCACUUUGUGACUCUGGGGCUUCAAUAAAUCUAAUGCCUUUUUCUAUUUUUAGAAAAUUGGAUCUUGGUGAAAUAAAAAACACAAGUGUUUCUCUUCAGUUUGCAGAUCAAAGUACUAAAAACCUAAGGGAGUAA